AUGUUUCUUCGUCAUCCACCUUCGCUUUCGCUGCCGGUACUCGCACUUCUCUCUCUGCUGCUAUUUUUAGAUCCGUGUCGUGCCGAGGCCAGCUCGGAAAUCUUUCAAUGGGCGUUCGCCAGCAAUUCUGUAUCAUCGACCUUAGACUCAUGCCAUGAAUUCAGUAUUACCGUCAAACCAUACGAUCCUAAUAACGAUACUCAUGGUGUACCACCAUUUUAUAUGAGGGCUUACGAGCAGAAUGGAGAACUGCUAACUACGCUGUUGGGAGAAAGCGAGGACAAUCUAACAUGGACGGUCAACAAUCCUGUGGGGUCCCAGCUGCUACUCAAUGUCAUCGAUGCUAAUGGAUCUUCUGGGGGAAAUGCGCCCAAAUUAUUCACGGUCGGCACUGGUUCAUCAACGGACUGUAUUGUCCAAAGAAAUGAUACCACCUCCUUUACCGUUAAGUCUAACGUCACGGGAGACCUACAACCUUGCCAGCCAUGGGGCCUGCGAAUAAAAGGAGGCGUUCCUCCCUACAAUAUCUCUUUUGCUCAGGUUGAUUCCACUGUAAUCACAAAUGUGACCACGCUAGGAGACGAUGAUGCCUACACAUAUAUCAAUCGGGCCACAAGCGGACAAAUCAUGUUAGCUGCUGUUUCUGAUGUCACGGGCGCAUUUGCAUGGGGGACACCAUCUGUUAUGCCCAGCGGUAUUACCAACACUGGUUGUGGUUCACUUCAAAGUCAAAGCGGAAACGCCACUGCCUUGGACGCCUCUGCUGCAGCAGAAAAAAAUGCACAGCACGCCAAGAAACGGACAGGAAUCAUCGUUGGGGUUGUCAUGGGAGUUUUGGGCUUCCUGCUGAUAACUACGGUAGCCUCGUUCUUCUGGUACAGAAGACGGCGAGCCCAGAAGACGAACGCAGAGAUUGAUCCCGACAUCAUUCCGUAUACGAAUUCUAACGGCAGCCAGGCGAUGACUAUCAAUGCCUUUGUCGGCCACACCCCCGUUAUGCCCUACUCUCCGAAAUCAUCUUCUUUCAGCAACAGGACAACCGCAAUGACUGAUAUAACCACAUCUCCAUCUUCCGGUGUCAGUCCGUUGCCCUUUGACCCUCGUCGUUUGGCGGAAGAUGGAACCGAGGGAAUAUAUCAAACUUCAUCGUCGGGGUCAUCUGCUUCAGUUCGACCUGGCUUCGCCACCUUCCCUUCGCCAUCUAUCCGUCAGAAAACUAUGGAAUUGGGGUUGAGCACCGCACAAAUGGAGCCAUCGAAUUUUGAGUCGACCGGUUCAGCGGAAAACGUACAGCGCUCACAAUCGGCUAUGCCGCCUUCGUCAAACGGGGGGGCGUUCGGUCCAUGGCCUGAGCGGCCGGCAUCGGACAGCAUGCGACGCGAGAAUGUUACUUCGACAGGCGAAGGAGAGAUAAUAUUCCAACACCGCGAUGGUGGAACUGUACGGGAGCUUCCUCCCCCAUAUGCAGACCGCUUUUCACAGAACCGCGUCGCGGAGAACCCUUCAUGA